GUCGCUCUCUAGAUUCUGAUUGGUUGACGGCGGUUUGUUUUGCGCCACACGACGUAUAAGAAACUUCCUCAGAAAAUACAGUAAACAAACCUACGGAUUACAUUCGGUUGAGACGUGAUCUGCGCAGUAGCUUGCCUGAAUUUUGGAAAUAGCUAAGUUUGUGGUUGACGAAACGCGGUGAGGACACUAGAGCAGGUCGACAGGAGGGACACAAAGGAGGGAGCAGUAGGAAAAGCGCAACGUGCCGUUUGUUUGGUUGAGUGCGCUCGUUUGAAGACCGCGCAGGCUUCAUGCCGUUGAGUUGAGCGCGCUUCCCUUCUGGUGACAAUACUGCGAUCAGCGUUUGUCUUGAAGAAAUCACAAACAUCCAGACAUGGUGAAGCAGACCAAGGCCAAAACUUUCCAGGCCUAUCUGGACUCCUGUCAUCGUCGCUACAGCUGCGUCCACUGCCGGGCACACCUGGCCAAUCACGAUGACCUCAUUUCUAAGUCCUUUCAAGGGAGUCAAGGACGAGCCUACCUAUUCAAUUCUGUGGUGAACGUAGGUUGUGGUCCAGCAGAAGAAAGACUGCUGCUAACUGGUCUUCAUGCUGUGGCUGAUAUUUAUUGUGAGAAUUGCCACACCACGCUGGGCUGGAAAUACGAGCAGGCCUUUGAGUUGAGCCAGAAGUAUAAGGAGGGCAAGUUUAUAAUUGAAUUAUCUCACAUGAUUAAGGAUAAUGGCUGGGACUGAAGCCUUGAAUUUAACUUGCUGUCACCGCUUGCAGCUUCUUUAAGAUCGACAUGAAAUAUGCUUUCUUUUUUAUGUGUAUAUAUAUAUAUCCAUUUAUGAUGUACAUUACUAUUGUGAGCACCUUUUUCCACACUGAUAUCCCAAUGCACCAGUUUUUCAGAGUGGGAGGG